AUGUCCGCGGAAAAAGUGGCCGUGCUCCGCGCCUUGAAUGCAACCAUCAUCCGAACCCCCAACGAGGCCGCCUACGAUUCCCCCGAGUCCCAUAUCGGUGUCGCGAAACGCCUCCAGAAGGAACUGCCGAAUGCCCACAUUUUGGACCAGUACGGCAACGAGAACAACCCAUUGGCCCACGAGUAUGGCACUGCCGAAGAGAUCUGGGAACAGACCAAAGGUCGGAUCAACGCGAUUGUCGCCGGCGCAGGCACGGGUGGCACGAUCACCGGUCUUGCCCGAGGCCUGAAGAAGCAUAACCCGGCUGUGAAUGUAAUUGCGGCCGACCCCUUGGGAUCGAUUCUGGCCCUGCCCGCUUCUCUGAACGACUCGCAUGCCAAUGAACCCUACAAAGUGGAAGGCAUUGGGUAUGACUUCAUCCCCGAGGUGUUGGAUCAAAAGGCCGUCGAUCAGUGGUACAAGACUGGAGACAAAGAGUCCUUCCAGUACUCACGGCGACUGAUCGCCGAGGAGGGGUUGCUGGUUGGUGGCAGCAGUGGUAGUGCCAUUGCCGCGUUGGUCAAGGCCAACGAGGAGCACAAGUUCUCCCAAGACGACGUGGUCGUGGUGAUUCUUCCCGACAGUAUCCGCAGUUACCUCACCAAGUUUGCCGACGAUGACUGGCUGGCUGCCAACGAUCUUCUCCCUACGGUCCCCAGUGAAGCCGCCACGGCCAUGCAUAAGGAGCAGCCACAGCCCCCGAAGGACCCGCUGGCCGGGGCCAAGGUCAGCGCCCUGCGGUUGAAACCGGUCACCACCGUGACGACGAACUUUGCAUGCGGGGCCGCAAUCGAGAUCAUGCGCGACAAGGGCUUCGACCAGCUUCCCGUCCUGGCACCCUCGGGACGCAAACUCGUGGGUCUGAUCACGCUGGGCAACGUCCUCAGCCGACUAACUCAUGGACGGGCGACGGGAGAGAGUCCCGUGUCAGAGGUCAUGUUUGACUUCUCCAAGAUUCCCGAGAUCGUGACGGACCCCCGCGAUCUAGGAGUGAAGCAAAAUGGCCACGCCAACGGGACGACGGACACGUUGCGGCCACAGAUCAAGGGCCGUCGUUUUGUGGAAAUCACCAUGGACACCCCGCUCAGCGUGCUCAACCGCUUCUUUGAAUGGAACAGUGCCGCGGUGGUGACCGAGCGAGACGACAGUGGCGCAAUGAAGCCGAUGGCGGUGGUGACCAAGGUCGACCUGCUCACUUGGAUGCUGCAUCACGGCAAAUCUCAGUAA